CGACGACGACCAGAUGCUCGGUGACCACGACGACACAAUACAGUACAUUCCCAAUAACAGCUGGAACAGCAUACAGAGCCUAGAGGGACCACAAGCACUCGAGAGAGCCAUAGACGAAGCUCUGGGAUGUGCACACCGACUUAAGACUGACCACCAGGACAUCCCAAGGACGACUAUCGAGAAAACCCGACAACUACUGAACCUAUUGACAGGGGAACCGAACUACCAACCAGAGAAGAUGGUGAAGGCUCUAGAAACAACACAGAAGAUUGCAGAACGACUUGAACGAGCCAUGGCAGACAUGAAAACAACGACUGCAAUGGAGAUCAGAGAUCUAGGCCAUCAGCUACUGGCAAACUCACCAGCCACCCCAAAACGGCAAGGUGCCCCAAAUGCGACCCAAACUUACGCUAGCAUAACAAAAAAUGACAAAGGCAAAAACCCGACACAAAAGCCACCCACAGUGAACCCCAUGGACCCGAACCACCACUCGAGACUAGUAUUCCAGUUCCCAGGGGAGAAGGUAAACUUGGAACUUGCAAAACACGACGACUCGAAACACAUCUGUGUAACCACGAUCUACUAAGAUUUAGUGACCGCAUUGCUCCAAUCCUCACCCGAGGAAAGGAAUGCAUUGUGCAGACAACUGCCAAAUGGGGGAAACUGCUGCUACAUGG